AACUCAAAUAAAUGUGGAGAAGUUUACUUUCCUCACCCUAGCCCACGAUGGACCAGUGGACGAGGGGUUUCCAGCCAGCAAUGAACAUGGUUUGUUUACCAGAUAAGCUUCUGAUAUAAUCUACAAAAGCUUUAGGCAUGAAAUCUACCAUAAGUCUAUGCUCUGCCUAGACGUACGCGACGCCUCCAGACAAAUCCUGAGCUCAUCGACUACGUAUACUUCAACAAUAACAUGUUAAAAGGGCUCCCCCCAAAUGUCCCUCGCUGCUGAAGGAUUCCGAAAAGUUCUCCAAUCUCGCCAGUCCUGUCUCCGAAAAGUGGCAAUCAAUCGAGAAUGAGGCUUCAUUCGCUUCUCCUCCUGGCUGCCACCGCAGCUGCCUAUGCCGCCGUGCCCCCAGCGCUUCCCGAAGACCACGUCCUUCGUAGCUUCCCCAGGGUAUUCAACGGUCGUAAUACUGACAAUAAAGCGUUCUUCGACACGAAUGUCCACCGUCACGGCAAGCGCGAUCCGCAGCCCGUUGUGCAGCCUACGAUCGCAGAUUGGUGGACUCUGAACACACCCCAGUUUCUGCAAUCCUACCUCAACUCGACCACGGCCGGCGAAAUCACCGAAAUACUUGGACGUUUCGGGGGCCUGGCUCAUUGCUAUGGCCUCGUCAAUCUCCGCGGACACUCCAAAAGUACGUCCGAUGCUGAGCAGUGUUCGAACCUGCGCGCCGAGCUGGGAACCGACGACAGUGCCCGCGCCGAGAUGGUCCUCGCCUCCCUCACCAAUUUCGCUUCGACGUUCGAGCUGAUCGCCGAUUCCAUCGAUGGAGGCUUCCGCGGCGCUGGGAUUUUGAUCGAAGAGCUGCCGUACACGAAGGCCUGGUGGGAUAAGUUCCCAAAGGAGGGGAAGGCCAAGCUUUCCCAGGAGAACGUCAUCUCUAUCAUUCGGGACUCGUUCAUUAGUGGAAUGCCCUGGUUGACGCCCGAGGCUUGGAAUUCCACCGCCGCGCUCGUGUACGACGAGGCUUCGAAGAUGCGUGAUGUCUCUAAAGUGGCGAAUGUGGACCUUGGAGCGAAAAGUGCUUCGCUCAACAAGUGGGACCAGCUGUUUGGCAGCCAGAUCGACCUGAAGUUCUUGGAUGAAGCCCGCCGGUCGAUGGACUACCAUCCUACUAUGGGAAGGGAUAGUGUCGAGAUCAUGCGUGUUGCCGACGGUGGAGUUGAGGUGGCGGAGAAGAUCGAGAAAAUCGUCACCAGCGAAGAGUUUGCGAAGGCUCAAGAGGACACUUGGAAUGCAUUAUUCUCGAUGGUCCAGGCCAUCGGAAGGCCCACCACCCUCAGGUCCAAGGUGGUGAAGCAUCUCGACACGGUGUCUGUGCUGGACUUUUUUGGUGCCACGGCGUCGCUGGCGGAGCUUUCUGUUGGCAAAUCGAUCGCGGCAUUGUUCAACGGAACGCUGGACAUGAGCGGUGGCCUGUUUGAGCUGUUGGAGUACGGAAAUCUGCUGUCGGCUAGAAACUGGACCGUUGAGCACCUGCGAGAAGUUUUCCCCGAGAUGCUUGCCAGACGCCUCUACCACAAGAUCCUCAAUUACGCUCUCGCGGAAGACCAGGUCUACAUAACCUGCACCAUCCUGGACAAGGACGAGAACAAGCCUCUGUUCGGCAAAUACGUCGAAGGUUCUACAUGCUACCACGAUCGCACGGGGCCGCAGGACAUGAAGGCUUGUCUCGACAAUGAGCACGUCUGCUACCUCUACCGAUGGAAGGAGCCGACCAGCAAAUGGAAAUUUUGGUAUAGGGCGCACAGCGACAAGCCCGCCGGAGUCGAGCACUGGGGUGCUGGACCGCACCUUACCAAAGUUAGCGAUAUCAUCAAGUCGUCCGUGAGCUCCAAGCUUCAGAAUCUCAAGGACUACCGCCUUACCCAGGACGACAAGCCCCUCUUGACGUCAAAAUGGACUGACAUCACGGAGGUCGGCAAGGCGUCGACUCCAGGUGUCUUCAACGUUCCCGUCUGCUACUCCAACUACAGUUGGAACACGCCCCUCGAGGUCGCCCGCGAGAAGAAGCACUGGUACGAGACUCCCUGCCGCCAGGGCGACCCAUACUGCCACGAGGCGGCUCUCCCGUGUUACUGCGGGUCCUGGGGAUCCGAGACCAUGGAUGUGUGGGACGCGAUCGGCCACGUCAAGAAGUCUAAGGACGGCGGUACCCGUGCCAGAAAGGUAUGUGGAAAACGCAUCAAGGAUAGGAUCACGCACCCUAUCGAGGCGUACGUUGCCUACUGCAGACUCGAUAUCAAGCGUGUUGAGGGCUUGACGUCGAAUCGCGUCGACGGACGCUUCACCACCGAAGGAAAGGACAAGUACUGCGAUGACGUGAUCCGCAUCAUCGAGGUCAAUGGCUACGAGAGCCCCGCCAGUAUGGACUCCGAAGUCAGGUAUGCCAUCUAUUGCAAGAUCUUGGGAGACGGGACUAGGUGCCGCAUGUACGACGACCAGUGGGAUGCUCUCCUGGCUGCUGUGACGCCUGCGGUCGAGCUAGAACCCGAUGCUGUAGCUAUAGAUGAGGUAGUGGAAGAGGAGGUGGAAAAGUAUGAGAGUGAAUUUGCGAAAAUGGUACUGGAGGACGACAGCGGCGAGGAGGAGGAGGAAUGAUUUUUUUCGAGCA